ACUCCCAGCAGCGACUUGCCGUUGUGAAAGGAUCGGAAAGAUGCGGCUCUGAUGGCUGGCCAACCUUGCGUAAGGACGAACGCUCCUCGCUGCCGGCAAUGAAUUCUGAAAGCAUUGCGGCAAAGAAUGGCCCUGGAGGCGAUGUGGAGGAGCAACCACAGGGGGAGACCGGAAACAAAGAGCGGGAGAAAGGAACACAUCACCCGCAUCCGCCGCCGCCCAUUUCGACAAGUAGCACCACUGCAGGAGGAGCGACUGCGAAAAAUCUUCUGUCUGCUAGAACAAGAGCGAGAGGGGAAAAAUCCUCGUCGAAAAGAGCACCGGCGGAAAGCAACCGGGAUGACACGACUGCCGACCAGAGUAAGCGCGAGGAGCUUUGUCGUGAUGUGUUCCUCUUUCUCGAUAAGGCGGAGCGUGGGUUCUUGCUCCGCGCCGAGUUGCGGACGAUACUGCAGGCGGCGAUAGAAUUCGAUCUGGACACUGCGGUGGAAAACUACCGCAACAAAAAAGUUGCAGCCGCCACCUCCUCGACCUCGGGUUCCGGCGUCGGAGGUGGACGGCCCGGCACUAGUAACGCGGCCAGCGUUGUCUUCAGUAACGCGAAUGCAGGAAGCUCUGGUAGCUCGGGGUCGAUCAAAUCUUGGGACCUAUCGCGGAUUUACCCAGAUGUUUUUCUGGAGCUCACCAGAGACGUCUCGCUUGCGAAGCUCGAAGAUGUGCGUUGGUUCGCGGAGUCCGUGCACCGCGUGGAGCAGGAGCUGUUGCAAGCGUGGCAGCAGGAGUGCGCGAACUUCCAGCGCGUGCUGGAGCAGCUCUACAGCCGGAAUCUGCACUGUUACCUCCUCCGCUUCCUCCCGCCGAAGGUCGCGAGGUGGCUCAAGUUUCGAAUCAAGGAGCGCGAGUCCACCUCGGGCAACGCGUACUACCACAGUGCUGGUGGUGCAACGACAAUUGGUCCAGCAUCUGCUGGCGGAGGUUCAUCUUCGCCGUCGCGGGGGCACCACGUGCGCGGCGCAGCCAGCAGGGGUGCGGCAACUGGAAUAGCUACAACGGGAAAAACAACAAGUGCUCCUUCUGCGCUCGGGGUGUCGAAGCAGGAAGUCGAAACGUUGCUGGUGAACGAGACGGCGGAAGACAUUAAAAAGCUCGUCGAGCAGAUGGAAACGCCGUUUGCGAAGGUGCUGGAGUCGUUUGACUCCUUGAAGAAGGAGCUAAGUGAUCAGACCAUUGUGCCGAUCUACAAGGCACUGGAGGACCGCGUUCUGCAACAGCUGGAAUUUUUGGAAAAUGAGGUGACCUCGCGGUUGGUCCCCGAGACCGCCCUGAUGCUGCUGCAGGAGGGCGCCCUGCCCUUCCUCGCCUGUUUGAUCCGGUGCCGGGCUUUCACGCAGCAGAGCGCGGUACUGCAGGCCUGUUUGAAACUCGUGCUCGCGCUGCUGGACUUGCGGAUCGACCUGAAAACGCACGUCGCCGAGGUUUUGUUCGCGGAACACAACAAUCCCAAGGUGCUUGCGCAAGUCAUGGGCGCCGUAGUUCUUGCAGGAGCACCAGCGCGGAACGAAGGUGAGCGUACGAUGGGAGAUGACGUGGUGGAUUCGGACUUGCAAUUGCUGCGAGCUCUGCUGUCGAGCAUGAAUGCUGUGUUUCUCAAGCACGUGAAGCCUGCGCUCACGAAGUUCCUGGAAGUCGACUACCUGCACGAACAGAUGCUGGUUGCGGAUCCGCUUUCGCAGGCAAGUUCGCCUUUUGAAAGCAGGCAUGUUGCACUCCCUGCUGCGUGCUGGGCUAAUCCUGGUUGCUCCAGCGCCAGCAGCUCCUCGACCUCGUCAGGUGGGCGUCGGUACUUUUUUCGGACGAGACGGGCGUCUACGUUCCUCGACCAGACCACGGACAGCGCAAGUUUCGGAGCUUUUAGCCGAGCCCACGGAGCUGCUGUAUCUGACGAAGACGGUGAAGAUGAUCAUCCUACCGGUGCACCAAAGCAGUUUCGCGGUUCGAACAAAAGCGACGCGGAAGAAGCUGACAAUCACGGCGCAUGCGAGGAGUACUUCAGCGAGGGUGGGGAAGGCCCUGAUCAACAGUUUCGUGGUAGACCUGUAACCGCGACCGGGCUACAUGCUCGCUCAAAAGCAGCCGCUUCUGGCUCCUGUUCUCCUUCGCUGGUCGGCAAGAGCAAGACCACGCUCGGAGCAUCGCAGCACGGUGGGCUGAGCAAUUUAUCGAAGGGAAAUAGAGUAUGCAGGUCGUGCAAGGGCAAACGCGUGUUGUGAUGAAUUGGUCGCCUUGUUGUCUGUCAUGAUCAGAUUUCAUGAAAAACUGGCUCGUAAAACAAAUGCACGGCUUGCCCACGACGUUUCCCUGUGGAUAGAAAUCGAUGCAGAAAGAGUGGCGCCAUUUGAUGGAACAGUCGAGCCGGAAGAGCCUUCCUUGUACGCCGGUCCACAAGGCGGGCGCGGGAAAGAACCGAUCGGGAGGACAACAAGCGAGCGCUGUCGCUGCGCAGAACCAUGCUUCCAAAAUGUCCACUCGGGCAGGCCUGGAGAAGGGCAGAACUACACCACGACUGCUCGACAAGUCUCCGACCGAUGGUUUCUAUCGUGCAAAGACGGGCGCCGGGGCCGCCGGACAAAUGCCAAAGGGUUUCGUGAAAGGCACAGCACCGUCCGCAUCGUCAGCAUCCCAGAUGCAGCACAAGCGCGGGCCAGAUCUGGAGAAGAAGAAACCUUGGUUUUUCCUGUUUGACGAGGAUUCAAGAGGAGGAAAAUCGAGUCUCCGCACGUCGACGACCGCAAGCAAAAGAGCCAAUGCGUCUACUACUUCCUCGCAGCCGCAUGCGGAAAUAAACCAGGGAAUCAAGGCUAGGAUUCCGGCCAACUCCGAGCCCGUUCCCGACAACCUGUUUCCGUCCUUUUCCCUCGGCAGAGAGAAAGCGCGGCUCGUGAAGCAAUUCGGCGCAAACAGAUUCGUCUUGCCGGCCUUGCCGAAGCAAAUCUUGCAUCUGUUCGAGGACAGUAUCACGAUCAGCGAUUUGAUCGCCGACUUGUUUUCCAACCCGGACAGCAGCGAUUUCGACCGAGGCGAAGUGCUGGACAGCCUUAUCAAGUUCGACGAGCGAAGGCUGCUGAUGGAACACCCUGACCAGGUACAUCAAUUGCCCGCAGGAGAUAAUAUCGCUGGAACACCAGACGGUGCUGCAGCCGGCGCUUCCUCUGUGGAACGGUCCGUUUUUUCCUACGGUCGCUUCGUGUUACUCCUCCUCUUCAAGCUUGACGUCGCAUCGAACUUUCGGCAGCACGAGCAGCGCACGCCCCUGCGGACACACAUGCUGAAGCUGCUGCUGCAGGUGCUAUCCUGUGCAAAAGUAUCGCACUCGUAUAAAUGCACUACAAAUUUCCACAGCAUGAGAAAUAAAAUUUGUAAUGCAGUUUUACCUUGCGAGCACGAUUUGUUUUUGUAAUGCAUGUUUGCGAUUACUACGAGUACGAUACUUUUGCAGUUCAUAGGUGCUGCGCGGGAACAACGCCUGUGGCCGCGUUUUGUUUCAUCUUGGAGAGGGCACCCGGGUGCUUUGCACGCUGAUCAAGGGGAAUACCUUCGGGAAACAGGGCGCUGCCGAAAUCGAUGAGGAGGAGGAAGACGACCGGGAGGAAGAGGAUUUUCUGUACCAUGUCAACAGCCAGUACGAAAAUUAUACGGCGACGGCUGCGGCCGGAGGGGGCGGUGCCCAGCACGCGGGCACCAGCGCCAACCAGCAUCCGCCCUCCGCCUCAACGAACAACUCCAGCACGCCGCAGCUCAGCCCGCAGCUGGGCGCCCAAGUUUCGCACGACACCUGGCCCUACACACAGACGUUUGAACAUGCGCAGUACUACGCGCUGGAUUUUCUGGACGACAAGUUCUACGGCAGUCGGGACCGGCAGCUGGCCACGGCGUUUCUGGAGACGCUGGGGGAACUGUGGGGCACGGAGGCUCUGGUCCAGGAGCUGUUCGCCUACCCCUACUCGCUGCAAAUCUUCACGCGCGCCCGGGACGCCGGGAACCUGUGCUACCUGAUCUCGGAGAUGCUGACAAGUCCUCUGUUUGACGAGUACCUCUUCAACGUGGCCAAGCACCUUGCGCGCGCGUACUCCCAAGACCUCCUCGUCCCCCUAAUCACGCCGGAUGGAGUAUCCUGUGUAAAAACGUCCCCACCCCAGAGUUGUAUUGCAAAUCUGCAUGCUGAAAUUGUUUCUCAUGCGGAGCCCCAUGAGAAGCAUUUUCUAAUGGCGUUUUGCAAUUUGUCAUGCUCCAAUCAGCAUGAGAGACUAGAUCUGUAAUGCUGCUGAUCUAGCUCAAACAGCACUACACUACGCGUCCAAAUUUGUCAUGCGAAACAGCCAAAGCUUGUGGAUUUGUCUAGCCGAUUCCCCAUCUUGACUACGGGGUGGGUACGUUUUUACAUAGGAUAUGGAGCCACCUGUUCCCUGUGGCCGGUAAGGUACGACGAUGAAAACUUCGCCACGGCGCCGCCAGGACGAGAUUUUCUCUACAGCGAGCCCGAAGCGGCCGUGGGGUCGCAAGCGGAGCGAGACCGGCGCGGCGGAAUAAAGUGGACGGCAGCACAGGCGAACGAGAAUAACAUGUCAGUUUUUCGGAGCUUCCAGGGAAAGUUUGUGCACAUGCAGGCGCAAAACAUCCAGCUACGGGUACUGGCCGCGGCUUUUCACCACCUGCAGAUUUUCCUGCAAGAAGAGAACGAGAAGCGCAACAGCGGCACGAACAACCCCGCGGCCGCCGGCGGAGCAAGCAACGGAAUGCUGUUGACCACCCAGCAAGACAGCUUCCUCAGUGAUCUCACCUGUUUAUCCUAUGGGGAAGUUUUGUCGCUAGUUUGCCUCUACUUUGUUUCUUCAGGGCAGACGGAAAAAGAAGCCUGGUGUGUUUCCGCAAUAAGGUUUUUAUCGGUAAAAGAAAAGAACACGAUAGAAGAAAUGUGGUAUGUAGUGUUACGUCUACGCUGACUAGUUAUUCGGCGAAGCUGCAUCAAUAGGUGAAUGAAAUGGAUCAUAAAUGAGAACAGCAAACUAGCAUGGUGAGAGUUGAUACUGUUGUUGCGAGCUGCUGGCCGAAAAGGUUUACCAAUUGUUGGUAUUCGAAGAGGACAAACGGCCUCUCGCGUCCGUCCUCGUCAACGUCUUUGAGGAGAUCCGGCAUUUCAGCCGCCGCGCGCUGUUGGCCGUGUCGCCCCUCGCCCCGGUCAACGUGGACGAGCGGCAGAAGGCCCGGACGCUGGAAUUCGCCAAGUUUGUGCAACCGCGGCCCAUGUACUUCGGGCAUUACCAGCAGCUGAUUUACAACAACUCCAGCCUCCUCGGCGGCAACCUCCCGAUCGGAAACCGCGAGAUUGUCACAGAGUACGGCCGGAAAUUGAAAUGCCUCCAGGGCAGCGGCAACAUCAUCACGGGAGAGAACCGGUACCUGUCUGAGCCGGCCCUGUACCCGACCGAAUUUCUCAUCGUCCUUCGGAUCUUGCAGUUGCUGCGACUGCACGUGGAAGCAGCAGCAGCGUCGGGUGGCACGUCGCAGCCUGGUGGUGCCGCUGCCGUGAACGGGGGCCCUGGAGGAGGUGGUCCACUAGGAGCAGAUGGGGCGCUAGGUGGUUCCUGUCUGCAGAUCUUGGACCGAAAUUUUCGGCAAAACUCCUUUGUCAAAGACCUCGUGGAGUCACUCGAGCAACUCACGGGGUUGAAACCCAGUCACGUUUUUUUCGCGCAGCAGCAGGAAGACUUGCAAGUGCUCGAAGAUGACGAGUUGGUUGCGCUGCCGUGGAGAACAGGUAUGCCUGAAGAUUAUAUGAGGCGCUAGCUGGUGCCCUGUUGGGUAGCUUCGCAUGUAUGUUUUUUUCGCUGUAGAAGGGAGAUGAACCUGUCGACAUACUUUUUCAGGUAUUGUGCCUUUGAACACAUUUCGUCUGUCGCAAGUACCACUGCGGCGCUCCAACCUCCGGGGCUACCCGCGGCACUCGUUGCUGCAUCUGGUAGGCAGCUUGAUAGCGCUUUUGAAGCAGUACGAAGCCCUCCCGCUGUGGGACCAAGGUAGUUACCAAAAUCGCAACGCCAGCGCCGGAUUUGUCGUCCCGUCUGCAGAGACGAAGCAAAGUAAAGAGCUGGUUCUGUUUUUGGUCCGAUGUUUUUUUAGUUUUUCCUUAGAGGCUGUGCAACAAUUGGACCCCCUUUCGCCAAGGCGAAAGGGGGGGGGGGAGGUAGGUUGGUCCAAUUCCGGACGACGGGAGCUGGCUCCCCGACGCAAGGGGGGACGGAGGGGCCCCCCGGCGGUCUCGCCUCUCAACAAUCGAACGCCCGGCGGCUCUUCUUCCUGUGGCGCCUUCGCAUGGGGCAGCCAGGUGGUUACUCGGCAUUAGGAGAACAGGCGUCCGCCACGAGCCAUUUCUUUGCGUGCUAUCUAUCGGCGCGCUCCGAACCCGGCGCGCCGUAACAUGUGGGGGCGGGCGGGACCAGGAGACCGCGCCGCUUUUUUUUUUCGCAUUCCGCGCAGGGAGUCGCAUCGGGGUGAUUGCGGGCCCCCCAUGUGUUGACCCCUGGCUGCCCGUGCUGCUUGGGGGGGGUUUGGCAAGUGAGUCGGCGGGCACACGGGGCGUGCCCGAAGUUUCUUUGCCCCGUGUUGUGGGGCUCUGGCUCUGGCGGAGGAGGGGGGGAAACAUGCGCGCUCCCUCAGGUCCGGCGAAUGCAAUGAGAUACAAUGUUCUGGGCCCGCCGUGCCGCCGUGGGUAAGGUUAUGCCGCACGGCAUGGCGGCCGCUUGAAUAUAGCGGCAAGGGGCGCGCGCAGCGCGCCCCGCAAAAUUUGCUACAUUACGCGCGCGGGGCAACAAAUAAAACGAACAAGACAAGGAAGCCUGUUCGGGUUAUCGGCAGGGGGCGGGCACAGAGCGAAUUUUUUUCGAUUCCUGCAGCACGAGCACAGGGCGCACCUCAAGGCCCUCUCGCAGCGUGCACGCGCGCCGCGCCGCAAUUUUUUUUACUGCGCACGGCUCCCGGCGAAAGGGGGGGGGGAGGGGGGAGGUUGGUCUCCAGCGGGCCGUUACCCCCCCUUUCGCCAUGGCGAAAGGGGGUCCAAUUGUUGCACAGCCUCUUAGGCAACGUAUUUGAACGUAUUUUUGGAGCUGAUCUAUGCAACUGUGCCUGGGCCGCGAGACCACGAUGAAUACAAAAAAGUAAAAACUAUCUCGGUCCACCUUUCAGGCCUGGAGCUUGCGCUGAACCGUCGUUCGGUUCUUCUCGGGGUGCUCUUUUCCCACUUGUGCUACUACCAUCCCAAGGCUGUUACGUUCGAAGAUACCAAUACCGGGCUUGCGAACCGCCUUGGCGUCUCGCUUCCGCAGCUCGAAAGUUUCCGGGACUUUCUUUUGCUCGAGAUCUCCCCCGCAAAUCAGGCGGGUGAAGGUCGUGGUUGUCACGAAGUAGAGGUCGACAUCUCCACGACUGGCGUUAUUGGAGAUGGUAGUUUUGCGCAACAUCCUGCGCGCGCAAGGGAAAUGAACCCCGCGACGGAGCGGGUCUGGAGCGUACUGGAUGAAUUUUCUUGGAACAGCCCCACCACCGCGGACGCAGAGUCCUCACCUGGUUGGCCUGCUACUACUACGCGAAGUCCUGGGGCCGUCGUUUUUGGGCUACCUGGCGUGGUGAAGCUGGGCUUCGUGCGCCUAGGCGGGUUUUGGUUCUUGUGGGCCAACGCCGUCAACAACUAUCGGACGUGCCUGACCGACGUGGAAAAUUUGCAGAACUAUUUCUCCGCGCUUUUUUGACCACCUUGGCAGGUUGAAUGAUAGCUGAAAACGAAGGAGCAGUUCGUGGCAUUGCUGUAGAAUGCUUUGUAUCCAUGUUAAGAAAGUUAGUGUCUCUACGUUUGCGCGGUGGAAAACGAAAAGUAAAUUCACUAAUAAUGGUGCUUUGUACAACAUGCGAGUCGUUCAUCACGUAGCGAGGAUCUAGUGCGUUUUCUGUGCCGCCUUUAAUUUACUCAGAUGUGUCACAACUCUAGAAGCUGUAUCCUGGUUUUCCAUAGACAAAAGCGAAUCCUGCAAAAAGGGCGCCUGAUUGAAUAAGGAGCAGAAUUUUCAGAGCACUGCAAAAGUGCGUAAAUCUUCACGGAAGAUAACGACAAGAAAGGUCAAGUGACAGAAGCGAGCAUAAGCGAUUACUGGACAAUUCCUUCUGAACUGAGUAGGUACCCAUGUGAAAAAAGAACAAUGCGGUCCAGUGUCUUUUUGGUUGAAGUACUUUUUUCGAAGACAAAGUUGGCACAGAACAUCGAAAACAACAGCGACAAAUGAAGUUUUAGUCCCGGUCCGGACCAGCGUG